UCUUCUUUCCCCUGGCCCAUCUUGCUGCCGGGCGCCCCAACCCCGUCGCUCGUCUUCCUCUUCGAGCCAGCGCCGCCACCCCUCCCCCCCCGUCCCGCUGCCGAGCAGCGCCCCAGCUCCGUCGCUCGUCUUCCUCCUCAUGCGAGCGCCUCCACCGCAGGGAGCAAUGGGCAGCAGUCCGUGAGGAGGAGGGAGAUAUGGUGGGAAUGGAUGGGAAGGGAGAUGCAUCAGUGGCGCCUGUGAGGACUAGCGACCGGCUGCGGCAGCGGCCGAAAUACUACGGACGAGGAUAUCUGUACUACUCACCAAACAUGCGCAAGAAGAUAAAGUCUAAGAAGCGAACGGCUGCAUCGCAGAUUGCCAAGAAGCUGCUCCACAAGCCAGCUGCACCUGCCGAUUCUAUUGCAGCAAAUCUGCGGCGUUCAACGCGGAAGCGAAGAAUGUCUGUAACUCUGGAGGACUAUGGCACAGAUACUUCCAGUUCGGAAGAUGAUGAUCUUAUGAGACCCAGAUAUCGGUCUUCAAAGAGUAAAGUGAAUGAUGAAGUUUCUCCAAGGCCGAAACGCAAGAUGUCUAACUCGAACUCCAUUCCCCGACGUGAAGGUCUACGGCCUAGAAGAUCUCUGCGAGGACAAAGACAUCAUCCAUACCAAGAUUCCGAUGAUGACCAGGAAAGUUCUGAAGAACAACAUACACAAGAUCAGAGAGAAAAUGGUAAUGAUGUUGAAGAAGAUGAUGCUAAUGAAGAUGAGGUUGAUGGAGGUGAUGAGGCUGAAGCAGAUGGAGAUGAUGAAGAUGGUGAGGAAGAGCAAGAAGGAAGGAGGAGAUAUGACCUAAGGGAUCGUUCAGAAGUUCGUAGGCCCUCCCCACGGAAGGAAGGGAAGCACAGACCACAAUCUCCCCGGAGAGUACUAGUACAUGGAAUUGGUCCGAAGAAUAGCAAGUAUUUAAAAAAAGGUGGGUCACGCAUGCAUAAGCGCCCUCGCUUCUCAUUGCCAGACGAUUCCGAUGAUUCUCUUCUCGUGGAUGAGCCAGAUGAAGGUCCAUCCAUGCCAUGGAUGCGUAGUGGGAGAGGAGGCAUGCCAUGGUUUUUGGGUGGGUUGGACAUGCAUAGUUCAGCAGCAUGGGGUCUCAAUGCUGGAGCGUCUGGAUGGGGUCAUCAAGGUGACAGCACAGUCAGUACUUCGUCACUUAUGCCAGGGGCGCAAACUGCUGGACCAAGUUCGAAGGGUGGAGCUGAUAUUCAGCCUCUGCAGAUUGAUGAAAGUGUUAGUUUUAAUGAUAUAGGGGGGCUGUCUGAGUACAUUGAUGCUUUAAAGGAAAUGGUUUUCUUCCCUUUGCUGUAUCCAGAUUUUUUUGCAAACUAUCACAUUACUCCUCCCAGGGGAGUUCUUCUCUGUGGCCCUCCUGGUACAGGGAAAACAUUGAUUGCCCGUGCCUUGGCUUGUGCUGCCUCUAAAGCUGGCCAGAAGGUCAGCUUUUAUAUGCGAAAAGGAGCUGAUGUUCUUAGUAAAUGGGUUGGAGAGGCUGAAAGACAGCUCAAAUUACUUUUUGAGGAAGCUCAAAAGAAUCAGCCGGCAAUCAUAUUUUUUGACGAAAUAGAUGGCCUGGCCCCUGUGAGAUCUAGCAAGCAAGAGCAAAUUCACAAUUCAAUAGUUUCAACAUUGCUCGCGUUGAUGGAUGGUCUUGAUUCACGUGGGCAAGUUGUUUUGAUUGGAGCAACCAAUCGAAUCGAUGCCAUUGAUGGUGCAUUGCGUAGACCUGGCCGAUUUGAUCGCGAGUUCUAUUUUCCUUUGCCUGGCUAUGAAGCACGAGCUGAAAUACUGGAUAUUCAUACACGGAAAUGGAAGGAUCCCCCCCCAAAGGAGCUAAAGUUGGAGCUUGCUGCAAGUUGUGUGGGAUAUUGUGGGGCUGAUUUGAAAGCAUUAUGUACAGAAGCUGCUAUUCGUGCGUUUAGAGAGAAGUAUCCUCAGGUUUACACAAGCGACGACAAGUUUGUCAUUGAUGUUGAUUCGGUCAGGGUUGAGAAGAACCACUUCUUGGAAGCUAUGUCUACAAUAACUCCAGCUGCACAUAGGGGAUCGAUUGUGCAUGCAAGGCCACUAUCAUCAGUUGUUGCUCCAUGUCUGAAGAGACAUCUUGAGAAAAUAAUGGAACGGAUUUCUGAUGUUUUUCCGUUCAUUUCAUCAUUAGAUGUUAGCAAAUUCUCUUCUCUUUCGUAUGGAUCUUCCAUCCCUCUUGUUUAUAGGCCUCGCCUUUUGAUAUGUGGCGUUGAGGGUGUUGGAUUGGAUCAUGUUGGGCCAGCUGUUCUGCAUGAGCUUGAGAAAUUUUCUGUUCACUCCUUGGGCCUGCCAUCUCUUCUCUCCGAUCCAAGUGCAAAGACACCUGAAGAAGCUCUCGUGCAUAUUUUUGGAGAAGCAAGGAGAACAACACCGUCCAUACUCUACCUGCCUCAGUUCCAUCUUUGGUGGGAUACGGCACACGAACAGCUUAGGGCUGUGUUACUGACCCUGUUGAAUGAGUUGGCAUCCAACCUUCCAGUUUUCUUGCUAGGAACAUCCUCAGUGGCCUUUGAUGACCUCGAAGAAGAGUGUGCUUCCAUAUUUUCCUCCCGUAAUGUAUAUCAAGUGGAUCGACCAAGUGAUGAUGAUAGGUUAAGAUACUUCAGUAUAUUGUUUGAGUCAUUGUUCUCACUUCAAAUGGAUGACUCAAGAUGUAAGUCGAAAGACAAAAAAGCUUCUAUUGAUCUUCCAAAAGCACCAAAGGAAGUAGAUGGUCCUAAGGUUUCCGAGCUGAAAGCUAAGGCAGAAGCUGAGCAACACGCCGUUCGUCGGAUGAGAAUGUGUCUCCGAGAUAUUUGUAACCGCAUUCUGUACAACAAAAGGUUCAAUGCAUUUCACUUCCCAGUAUCAGAAGAGGAAGUACCUGACUAUAGAGUAAUAGUCCACAACCCCAUGGAUAUGGCUUCUGUCUUGCAGCGCGUGGACUCUGGACAGUACUUCACUCGGGCAACAUUUAUGAAGGAUAUUGAUCUUAUAGUUUCAAAUGCGAAGACUUAUAAUGGUGAUGACUACAACGGCUCUAGGAUCGUCAGUAGAGCCUGUGAACUCCGAGAUGUGGUGCAAGGUAUGUUGUCACAGAUGGACCCAUCUUUGGUGUCUUUUUGUGAUAAAAUUGCUGCACAGGGGGGACCACUGCAGGCUAUGGAUGAUGAGGAUAGUUCCAUUCUCCAAGCAGCUCCUGUUGUUCAGUUAGUUUCUGUUACUAGGACGAGUGCGAGGCUUCGUAAUGUACAGCCAGAAGUUGAUCUGUCACGAAGUUAUGAGGUGCUAAAGCGGCACAAAAAAAGUACUGAAAACGAACAAGGCAUGACCAUCAAAGAGUCAACAGCAAGGGAUGAAAGGUCUCCUGGUGAUAUAGUUCUGCCGAAGCCAACUUCCCCAGAAGAAGCCUUAAAAGAACCAGAUUCCAAUGGCCCUUUGAAAGAUACUGACAAUGUACCAGCUGAAGCACCCGCAUCAUCUGGUUCUCCUCCUGAACCCAUGGUUACUGACAACGGCUAUCCCGCCAUGCAUACCAGCGAUGACACACUUGAACAGCUGGAAGCCGUGAAGCAGCGCUUUAUGGAGCUCACCGUGGGCUACGGUGUGCCUCAACUCGAGAGGCUUUAUUCCCGGAUUAUGAAAGGUGUGAUAGAGCUGGGAGGUAAAGAAAGCAAAGAGGACCACAGACGGUUAGUUGUUAGGCAUUUGUUAGUAUUUGUUGAGAACAGCGACAAUUUUUAGCUCCAGUGGUAAUAAGAUAUUCUUGGUUUUCCUUGUGUACAUUCUGUUGUCUUUUGGAACAACGAAAUAGUGGAAAAUCAAUCUUAGGGAGCUGUCCAUGCCUCCUGAUGUAACAACAAUCUGCGGAAUGCUCGAAUGUCAGUGACACAGUUUUGCGUAGCAACUAGCAACUGCUGUCUUUGUGCAUUUGAGUUUUCAGCAUCACCUUUAACUUGUGCCAUGGUAGUCUCUUAUUUCUUUA